CAAAGAUGCUCCUCUAGUUCCCCAAUCCCACUACUCUCUCUGUCUUCACUCUUCACUCUCUUUUCUGUUUCCUUUAACUUUCCCGCUCUCUCCUCUUUUCCUCCACAUUUUCUUUCUUUUACUCUCUCUCCCUCUCUCAUAUGUUUGUGUGUUCUUUUUCCACCUGUCUGAAUUUCUUAUUCUUCUCGAAAAUCAUUUGGGUUGGAAUUUACCUUAAAAUUUGAUGGGUUUGACGAAAAUAAGGAGAGAUGAAUAACAGAUUCCGGCCACCUAUGCAACCCAAAAAAGUUCCUAAUUUGCAUCCUCAAUAUGAGAAAAAGAUGGAAAUGCAGCAAACCAAAUUCUUGUCUGCGGACAAGUCCAGAGUCAAUCGGCGUCAAGCAGCAAGAGACAGAAAAUUAGCCUUACUUCAAGAUGUUGAUAAGCUAAAGAAGAAGCUGAGGCAUGAAGAAAAUGUUCACAGAGCUUUGGAGAGGGCUUUUUACAGACCUUUAGGAACUCUACCGCGCCUUCCUCCCUAUCUUCCCAAAUAUACUCUAGAGCUUCUUGCUGAGGUAGCUGUUUUGGAAGAAGAGGUGGUCCGGCUUGAGGUACAGGUUGUUAAUUAUAGACAAGGUCUCUAUCAAGAAGCAGUUUCCACAUGCUCAAGGAGAAAUGCUGACGACAACCAUUUGCCUGAUUCAUGCCCUCAGUUGCCGGGUAAAGGUCCUAAACAAAGGCAUUCAAGAUCAUUAUCCUUGAGCGAAGUCAACCUUGGGUCAUGCGUAUCACGGCCUUCUCCUUCUCUAGAUAGGAGUGCUUCAAGUAGAAAGUUGUAUUUAAAAGAAUCAGUCUUUGAUAGCUCGAGGAUUUGCUCUGAUAACACAUCAAAUAGCAGACAAGCUGUUAUUAAGAAUUGCAAUGACUCAUUGGAAGAUAGCCUAGGAAAAGAGAAUCACUCGUCUGAUACUUAUACUAAACAUAAGCCAUCUCCACAAAAGCAAGUCAACACGAUUAAGACCUUAUCAAAAAGGCCUCCAGUCAAACCUGAAUCGGUAAGUAAAAUAGCAGAUGUUCAGUGCAGAGUUGUAGAAGAGACACAAGAGAGCUGUUUAGCUUCUUUAGAUGAGAGGGAAUUGGAAGCUGAAACCACAGAAAACAAAAUCUCUGAAGACAUUAUAAAGUGCUUGUCUAGCAUCUUAUUAAGGUUGAGUACAUCUAAAGGGAAGAUAGCAAAUCCAGAAUCUUUUUGCUCUUUAGGAGCAAAAGUUUUCAAUGAAAGCAACGGAGAAAGAGAGUUACAAGAUCCGUACUCCAUCUGUUCAGAACUCAGGAAGCAAGAUAUUGGCAGAUACAGAUAUAUACUUAACAUAGAUGCUAACUCUGUUAAUCUGAACCGGAAAAUGAAUGCUUCGUUUCUGAUUCACAGGCUUAAGAUACUCCUCGGCAAGCUAUCAUCUGUGAAAUUAGAGGGUUUGAGCCAUCAGCAGAAGCUCGCUUUCUGGAUAAACACAUACAAUUCCUGUGUGAUGAAUGCAUUUCUAGAGCUUGGGAUUCCAGAGACCGCUGAACAAGUUGUCUCACUAAUGCAAAAGGCAACAAUUAAUGUGGGAGGGCAUUUGCUAAAUGCAAUCAUGAUAGAGCACUUCAUCUUGAGGCUUCCAUACCACUUAAAAUAUACCUGUUCAAAGUCAAUGAAAGACAACGAGCUGAAGGUUCGCAGUGUUUUUGGCUUGGAGUGGUCCGAACCUCUUGUCACAUUUGCACUCUCCUGUGGAAGUUGGUCCUCCCCUGCAGUGAGGGUGUAUACUGCAUCUCAAGUAGAGACGCAGUUGGAAGCAGCAAAAAGAGACUAUUUACAAGCAGCAGUUGGUAUUUCAGCAACAAAUAAGCUCAUAAUCCCAAAGUUGUUGGACUGGUAUCUUCUUGAUUUUGCCAAAGACUUGGAUGCAUUGCUAGAUUGGGUGUGCCUCCAGCUGCCAGAUGAACUUAGAAAUGAAACUAUUAAAUGCCUCGAAAGACGAGGAAGAGAGCCUCUUUCACAAUUAGUACAAGUAACGCCUUACAAUUUCAGCUUCAGGUACCUUAUACACCAAUAAAGUGAAAACAAUUACUAGCACACGACAGAGUACACGUAUAUGAGAAGCAUACAGAUUCAGACUGAAGUGGUUUUGGACAUAGUAAUGGUCAUUGAUAUUGUUCCAGAUACCAGUAUAGAAUGUAGGAAAUUCAAAAUUACACAAUUCUUUGUAUCCCCUGGAGAGUAAUAAGCUCAACGAGAUCAUACUGUCAAGAAUCUAAAUAAAAAUGUUGUGUUACUGAAACAGGAUGUGGAAUCAGAGUAUAUUAAAAGUGUAGCGUUAAAUUCUGAGUACUCAAGGUGGUUUAUGUUCGACUACAUUUUUCAGGCACUGCCGUUGUACAUUACUGUCUCAAUUCGUUUGACAGUAUGAAUAUUUGGAGUCAAUUUUUUCUUUGAUUACAAUUUGCCACACACUUUAUACUACAAAAAUUAGUGAUC